UCACCUCACCUCACCUCACCUCACCUCACCAACACAUCUCACAAACUCCUCACCACCAAUACCACACACACACACACAGAAAUCCACCCAACCUCGAAUCCACCAACAAUGUCAAUUAUCCAAUCCCACACGUCCGCCUCCCUCACCGACCACUGGCGAACCAUUGACAUCGACGCCCUCGACCCCGAAUCCUCGCGUAACUUCCCCAUCGCCACCCUCGCAGCGCCGCCGAGUGGACCGAGAGCGCUUGAUGCCCAGAGUGUGAGGGGGUUGUUGAGGGGAGGGGAUGCGGAGGGGGCGCUGAGGGGGGCCGUGGGGUCGGGGGUUGAUAAGUACGCGCAACUUCAGAUCGUCAUCGAAGUCCUCCAGUCUAUCAAGGCUGCGGACAUGACGCCGCUUCUGCGCAGCGUGUAUGCCUCUGAGGGCGGAUCGGAUGUGCUGGAUUCACUGAUGAAGUACUUAUACGCAGGCAUGGCAGCACCAACGCAGCGACAGGGCGAGAGCAGCGGCGCUGCGAUGAGCGUGCUUCUUAGCUGGCAUGAGAAGGUUGUUGAGGUUGCGGGAUUGGGGUGUGUGGGGAGGGUGAUGACGGAUCGCAGGACUACCUAG